AUGGAAAUGAAUAAAAAUAGCAAAUUUUUCAGGUUUCUUGAUGCACAAUGCUUGUUUUUCUUUGAAGUCAGCACUGGAAUCAUAGCCAACAUUAUCCUGCUUCUUUUAUAUAUGCUCAUAUUUCUUCUACAGCACAGGCCCAAGCCGAUCGAUUUGACCAUUACCCAUUUGCUCUUUAUCCACAUAAUAAUGCUGGUAACAGUGUGUUUGAUAGCUUUAGACAUUUUUGGGUAUCAAGACUUGGGGAAUGACAUCACGUGUAAAUGUGUUAUCUAUUUGCACAGGUUGAUGAGGGGCCUCUCCAUCUGUACCACCUGCCUGUUGAGUGUCCUCCAGGCCAUUACCCUCAGCCCCAGAAGUUCCCAUUUGGCAAAGUUCAAACAGAAAUCCCUGCAUCAGAACCUAUAUUGCCUUCUAUUUUUAUGGGUCAUCAAUAUGCUCAUCAGUGGUCGUUUCUUAAUCUCCACUAUUGCCACCCCUAAUGGGACUUCCCAUAAGCUUAUGUUUGUCACUAAGUCCUGCUCCCUUUGGCCAAUUAAUUACUUACUUAAGUAUAUCACUUUCUCCUUGAUGACUUUCCAGGAAAUUUCUGUUAUAUCACUAAUGGGGCUCUCAAGUGUGUACAUGGUGAUUCUUUUGUACAGGUACAAAAGACAGUUACAGUAUCUUCACAGCACCAACUUGUCUCCAAAAGCAUCCCCAGAACAAAGGGCCACUCAGACUAUUCUGUUGCUCAUGAGUGUCUUUAUUGUCAUUUAUGCAAUGGACUGUGUUAUCACCUCCACAUCUGGAGUGUUCUGGAAACAUAACCAAAUUCAUCACUGUGUGCUGAUGCUGAUUGGGAAUGGCUAUGCCACAAUCAGUCCUUUGGUGCUAAUCAGUACUAAAAAACAAAUGACUAAGUGCUCAGCAUCCACAUUUUGGAAGAUAGUAAAUGUUUGUUUAUUUAGUGAUGGAAAAUUUCUCUGA